AGGUGUAGGGGAGGCGCCCAGGUGAGUGAUUGGCAGCCGUUCAGUUAGCCGAGCGCAGAUUGAAGCCUCGGCGAGCUGCGUUCACGGUAACUCAGCCAAACUCAACCACAAUGUCAGAAAAGACUCCUCUCCUCCAUUACCGACUCACCAGCACCAGUGGCCCGGAGCCCAAAGAUGUGUCCAAACCACACAGAGGGGCCAAGGAAAAAACAGCGCGGAAGCUCGGAGUGGUGUUUGGCGUGGUCAUACCCACCUUACUGUCUAUGUUUAGCGUCGUUUUGUUUAUGAGAAUUGGAUUUGUUGUGGGUCAGGCAGGGCUCUACGAGGCCAUUGUCAUGUUCCUGGUGGCCUACCUGAUCAUCACAAUGACUGUGCUUUCUGUCUGUGCCAUCUCCACCAAUGGGGCUUUAGAUGCUGGAGGUGCAUAUUACAUGAUCAGCCGGGCCCUGGGUCCAGAGUUCGGCGGCAGCAUUGGCAUCAUGUUUUUCUUUGCCAAUGUGUGUGGCAGCGCUCUCUACGUUUUGGGUCUGGUCGAGGCUGUCAUGGCUAACUUUGGCAUCCCAGAAGACAGUGCUGCAGCUGUUGCAAGUCUCUAUCAGGUGUUGCCUUCAGGAUACUGGUGGUCUCUGCUUUAUGGCACUGCCCUGCUCUUCCUGUGUUUCGUUGUUUGCUUGGUGGGAGCCGACAUCUAUGCCAAAGCCACCUUUAUUAUCUUCAUCAUAGUCGUAACAGUCCUGGCUUCAAUCUUUAUCAGUUUUUUCAUCGUGGGGCCCAUUGUGGUGAUUGUGCCAGAAAGGUCUGUUCUAAACAGUACCAGCCUGAACAGUGCCAAUUAUUCUGGCUUUCAGCUCCGCACCCUGGAGGGCAACCUAUUGCCCAGUUACACAGUAGACUACACCACUGGUACCAUGAUGAGUUUUGCCACAGUGUUUGCUGUCAUGUUCAAUGGCUGCACUGGAAUUAUGGCAGGCUCCAACAUGUCAGGUGACCUGAAAAACCCCAGCUAUUCCAUCCCAAGAGGAACGGUUGUAGCUGUUUUUAUAACUUUCAUCAUAUACAAUUUCCUUUGUCUGCUGGCUGCGUGGACCUGUGACCGUCAUCUUCUCCAAAAAGACUACAGUUUCCUGCGAGACCUCAAUAUAUGGCCGCCCCUGGUAACAAUUGGAGUUUACUCCUCCACCCUGUCUGCUGCCAUGAGUAACCUAAUAGGAGCCUCCCGGGUCCUGUAUGCCCUGUCCAAAGACGACCUGUUUGGUGGUGUCCUGGCUCUGGUGAGGAAAACAUCUCGGAGUGGGAACCCCUGGGCCUCAGUGCUUGUCUCCUGGUUACUUGUGCAGGUGGUGCUGUUUGCUGGUGAAUUGAACACCAUUGCUGGUAUUGUGACUAUCUUCUUCUUGUUGGUCUAUGCUGCUAUAAACCUGGCCUGUUUAGCUCUCGAAUUGGCUUCUGCACCAAACUUCAGACCCUCAUUUCGUUGUUUUACAUGGCAUACCUGCGCUCUGGGCAUUCUUGGAUGCCUGGUCAUGAUGUUCCUGGUCAAUGCCAUUUAUGCAUCUGCCAGCAUAGCCUUUAUGCUGCUGCUCUUGAUGCUUAUCCACUACCUCGGCCCCAUCAGCAACUGGGGCUACAUCAGCCAGGCUCUCAUCUUCCACCAGGUCCGCAAAUACCUGUUGUUGUUGGAUGUCCGUAAGGAUCAUGUGAAGUUCUGGAGGCCCCAGGUGCUGCUGAUAGUGGCAAACCCUCGCAGCUGUACAGGUCUCAUGACUUUCAUAAAUGACUUGAAGAAGAGUGGCCUCUAUGUUCUGGGACAUGUCAAGCUGGGUUUACUGGAUGGCUUGCCCUCUGAUCCCCUGCAGAACCAUUAUGACUCCUGGCUGUCUCUAGUGGACCAUCUAAACAUCAAGGCCUUUGUCAACCUUACACUGGCUAAUUCUGUCCGACACGGAGUUCAGAACCUGCUUUUCAUCACAGGCUUCGGUGGAAUGAGGCCAAACACCCUAGUCUUGGGUUUCUAUGAUGACUGCACCCCUCAGGACCACCUCCAAGGUAAAGUUCUCCUGUCUACAGGCCAUGGCUUAGAGGCAGUGAGUACAUCCAUAGACCCCUGUGAGCAACGGUCUCCCUCCUUCCCCAAUGUGCGGGGUGCUGAGGAACCCAAAGACCUUCAGGAAGAGGAAUAUGUGUCAGUGAUUGCUGACGCUGUGAAAAUGGGGAAAAAUGUGACUCUGGCUCGUUACUUCCACCAGUUCAACCGGGACGAGGUCUUGGGGUCAGGAAAAAAGAUUGGGAGCCGCAGAAGAAUGUCAGGGCCGUUCGUUGACGUGUGGCCUCUGAAUCUACUUCGACCAGACAGCCGCGGUUAUGUGGACAUCUGCUCCCUGUUCCUGUUGCAGCUGGCCAGCGUGCUUCAAGAGAGCCGUGCCUGGAGCCAAGCACGACUCCGCCUCUUCCUGUGUGUGGAGGCUGGUUGCAGCCUAAAGGAAGAGGAGGAGACGAAGCUUCGGGGGAUGCUAAAGGAGCUAAGGAUCUCAGCUCAGGUGCAAAUGGUGGCAUGGGACCAGGUGGUGGCCCUGCACUGGCAGAGACGAGGAAGAACGGAGAGAGGAAAUCUGGUAGAGUUUGCACAGAAUGAGGAGGGGAGGGAGAGACAAGAGGAAGAGGAAGCCGAAAAGGAAGAUGCUAUACAACAAUUUCCCAAUAAUGGUGCUCAGCUGACCGAUGAAUACAUCUGCGCUGUCAACAAUCUGAUACGCAGACACAGUGCCCCUCAGCCUGCUGUGCGUUUCCUGUAUUUGCCCCGCCCCCCAGCAGACACAAACCGUUACUGCACCUACCUGCACCACGUGGACCUGUUAAGUCAAGAACUUGGUCCAACAUUGCUCAUUCAUGGAGUCACUCCUGUGGUCACAACUGACCUCUGAAAUUUUACUAUUAACCACCCUGAUCUGGUGUUUCUUAUCUAUGGACUGUGCCUGUUGUCACCAACUUACUCACCUGGUAUUUACAUUGUCAACCACACUUUCAGACUUGACACAGACACCACAAUAAACCAGUUCUAUACUUGAGUCAUACCCAGAUUUAGAAUCUUAUACAGUUAAUCAUUUUCUUACAUUAUUAUGAGGACACUUGGGGAAAUUGAUUUGAUCACUUCAAGUUUACACAUGUUCAAUGUUUAGUAAUCACUGUGGAUAUAGUGGCAUGCAAGGUUUUGCAGUUUUCAUUUUGUUCACAUCAGUAUGCAUUUGUUAAAAAUACUGUUUCCACAUGGGGACUGCUCUUUCACAUUGUGACUUUUUG